CGGUGCAGCACCGGCCGCGGGAGCUGGGAGUAUUAUGGGCUGUGGGUGCCGCUGAGCAAGAUGGAGCUGUCUGCAGUGGGCGAGCGGGUCUUCGCGGCCGAAUCCAUCAUCAAACGGCGGAUCCGAAAGGGACGCAUCGAGUACCUGGUGAAAUGGAAGGGAUGGGCCAUCAAGUACAGCACUUGGGAGCCUGAGGAGAACAUCCUGGACUCGCGGCUCAUUGCAGCCUUCGAGCAGAAGGAGAGGGAGCGUGAGCUGUAUGGGCCCAAGAAGAGGGGACCCAAACCCAAAACUUUCCUCCUGAAGGCACGGGCCCAGGCUGAGGCCCUCCGCAUCAGCGAUGUGCACUUCUCUGUCAAGCCGGGCGUCAGCGCCUCCUCGCCCAAGCUGCACUCCAGCGCAGCUGUGCACCGGCUCAAGAAGGACAUCCGCCGCUGCCACCGCAUGUCCCGCCGCCCCCUGCCCCGCCCUGACCCCCAGGGUGGCAGUCCUGGCCUGCGGCCCCCUAUCUCGCCUUUCUCCGAGACGGUGCGCAUCAUCAACCGCAAGGUGAAGCCUCGGGAGCCCAAGCGUAACCGCAUUAUCCUCAAUCUGAAGGUCAUCGACAAGGGUACGGGUGGCGGCGGGGGCCCUGGGCAGGGGGCUGGAGCACUCGCUCGCCCCAAGGUCCCUUCGAGGAACCGGGUCAUCGGCAAGAGCAAGAAGUUCAGUGAGAGCAUCCUACGCACCCAGAUCCGCCACAUGAAGUUCGGCCCCUUCGCGCUUUACAAUAAGCCCCCGCCCGGCCCUCCACCUCCCCCGCCGGCGGGGAAGGCUGACCCUGCGGCCCCUCCCAGCACAGGGCUGCUCCUGGGUGCCCCCGCGGCCCCCUUUGAUGCCCGCAGCUCCAGCUCCUCCAGCUGCCCCUCGCCAGCGCCGCAGUCCUCGUCUGACCCCCACGAUGUGCCCCCCAAGCUGCUCCCUGAGACCGUGAGUCCCGCUGCUCCCGGCUGGCGGGAGCCCGAAGUGCUUGACCUGUCCAUCCCUCCUGAAGCCGCGGCCACCAGCAAGCGGGUGCUUCCCGAUGUCCCUGCUGCCACCAGCCCGGCGCUGCCCGCGGCCCCCGAGCCCGCCAGUGCUGUCUCCGAGCCUGAAGCUGGGGACUGGCGCCCUGAGAUGUCACCCUGCUCCAAUGUGGUUGUCACCGAUGUCACCAGCAACCUUCUGACAGUCACUAUCAAGGAAUUCUGCAACCCUGAGGAUUUCGAGAAGGUGGCUACUGGAGUAGCAGGUGCCACUGGGGGUGGUGGCAGCGGUGGGGUGAGCAAGUGAGGGGGGCUCCACCAAGGAGGGGGGCUUGGGGGGGCCCUCCUGCCCAAAGUCAUCCUCUUGCUCCCGCCCCCAUCCCCGCCCUCAGACACCUCUGCCUGUGCUUUGCUUGUUUCAAAUGGCUCAGUGUUGCCCCUCUGGGAUGGGGCUGGGCAGUUGGAGCACCCCCCUCCCACGAGCCCAGUGGGAGCAGCAGUCCUGGAACGGGUUAGGGCUGGGGUGGGGUGAGGGCACUUGGAAGUCCUUGGCUCUUGGCACCCUUCCUGCCCAUGCAUGGUGAGGCCUGCUGGGUGGCUCCCAGGGAGCCCCCUAAGCUGGGAUUCAGCUGCCUGCUCCGCAUCCUGCUCUGUCUCCCCAGCUUGCUUUCAGCUCUCACGCACAGCAUCUGAAUUUCUCGGUGCUAACCUGGCAGCUGUGGGGCCCCUAGGAGACCCCCCUCCCAGUGGGGGCGCUGUCCCUUUCCUUCCCCUCCAGACUUGGGUAGGAGGGCCAGGGAUGGCAAAGCCCAGUCAGAGGUCAGUGAGGGUGGCGAGAGCAGGGCCAGAGGCCUGGGUCUUCCUGCCCACUGCUGGACCUGACCUGGACCUGAUCUGAGCAGGUCCCCUUAGGCUCCACCCCGCCUGGCUCCUUCCUCCUCCUCAUCUCAGAGGUGGGAGGGGUCGGCAGGGACCUCACCCUGCCUGGGCCUCCCAGUAGCUAAAGGGCCCUUCAGUUCUCAACCAAAGGUGCUACAAGAAUCUGCCGUGGAAACUUCCAGCUGGCGGGCGUCCCUGCCGCCCCACGGCGUGUUUGCGCACGUACCUGGAUGUGCGCUGGGCCCAGGGCUUUCCAGGUGGCUCCCUUGAGGGUUGCUCAGAAUGUGAUUGUCGAAGGCCCGACCUUUCCUUGCCCAGACCUUGUGCAGGGCCAAGGAGUUUGCUGUGGAGCCCCCAGGCCGAUUCCCCCCCAGCCCAAAUGUGCUGGGGUGCACACCCCCCACGCCCUCCUCUUCUAGGGGGUCCGCUCAACCAGCCAGGCCUUUGCUGCAGACAUGGCAGGGUGGGGACUGAGGUGGAGAGGUUUCCGCCCUGGAAACCACUCCGGUGAGCAGGGGGGGAUGUCCCAGGCCCUCCUGCCGCCCACCCCCCCCACCGCCGCCUUGCUUCUGCUGAAAUGCUUCUCACAGCACCACCUGCUGGCCCCAGUAGGAGGCUCUGGGGCCCGGGGUGGCUUUCCUUCUCUGUCGCCAGGGAGCCGAAGGGUCUGUGCCAUUGGCGGAGGCCAGGGCCCCAGCUUUAGGUCAGGCAUUGGGAGAGCAGGCAGGCCAAAGGGGGUGACCAAAGAGGGGCAUGUGCUCUCCAGGAGAGAGAGGGUAUGUGGGACCUGGGCUCCGGGACACUGUGGGGUGGCCACCUGCUGGACCGGCCCCAUGUCUCAGUCUGGCCUGGGUGGCGCAGCCCUGCUCCUGGCUCGAGGGAACUUCCUGGCAUGUGCAGGGAGCAGUGUCCCAACUGAGAAGCGUGAUGGCAAAGGUAGGAGGAGGCAGAAAGGGAAUCCCGUUAGGGAGCAGAUGCCUUUGUCCGGAGUAUGGGAGGACUUGUUCUUCCAACUCUCCCUGCCCCUCCCCGCCCCCCCGCC